CUCUCGUCGUCAAAGUUUCGUCUGGAUCUCCUAGAGAUUUUCAAGGGAAACAUCGGAAGGAAGGAAACAGCUAAUUCUUGUAACGUGUCUUCAGCCAGGCUCAAACAAUGAUAUCACUAAUCGCAGAUUACAGGAGACCGGUGGUCUACCUACAGAAGACCCCAUACUCUCAAAUCCACACUCUUCAGCGAGUUUCUAUUUCGUUAUCUCCAGGUCUUCUAGGCAGAUUGGACUAUGAUUCGGAUCUGACUUGACUUUAGUAGCCAGUACUUAAUGUUUAGUUUUUCCCCCUCGGAGUACCCAUUGACAUCUUAUGAAAACACAACGCUAGUUCAUAUAUUUCAACGAACCCUGAAACUGUUUACAAUGGACGGAACAAAGAACAUAUUCAUCAGGUAACUGUGUCAUCAUUAACAGUAAAAGCAUGACAGGAAUGGACGAGGGUUGUCAAUGACUUUCAAACGGUAUUAUCCGAGAACAAUCUCGUGCCAUUGGCUUUCAAUCUCGCUACACAAAUAAAAGACAUAUUUUCCAACUGGUUACUAGCGUCGAUAUCAUAAUCCAUGUUGUGUGCAGUAUCUGAGGAAGAUCUAUUCAUAGAGUCAAUAGAGGCCCGGUUUCCAUCGAAACAAAUGAGGUAUGAUUUGUAUCACUAAUGGCAAAUUAAUUGAUGCCACAAAUUUACAGAGGUAUCAAGGUCCUCUUAUUCAGGUUUAGGUAAUUGAAUUAGCCACCUGACCAAUACAUUUAUGAUUAUGAGCAUGAAGUAGGGGUCCAUUUCGACACACACUGACAAGAUGGCGGACAUUAACCGCAAAUGAGGAUCAUGUUGAUUUCACUGUUCGGAAUGCUACAUGGAACUGUUACUACCACAGGAAUAAGAUUGCCUUCCAGAUUUUACUAAUGGCUAAUACGGACUUAUUGCUCUUUGGAACGUGUCUUUAUUUGGCGGCUGUAGCCUCAGUUGCCACAUCUGAAAUGAGCGCCGAAGGAAAGCUGAUUAAACUGCUGACGUCGCCCGACAGAUACGAAAGAUUCGCCUCACCGACCAGCACCAACUACACCGCCGUUUUGUUUUCCCUCUAUGCCGACAAGAUCCCCGAUAUCGAUGACAAGAAGCAAGAAUCGACACUCGCCUGUUAUCUGAUCUUGCAAUGGAAGGACAAGCGUCUCUCCUGGAACGCAACAGAACACGAGGGUAUCGACACGUUACUCUUUUCCUCCGAUCAGAUUUGGGUACCGGACAUAGGCCUUCAUAAUAGUCUCGAUGCCGAGUAUGAUUUGGCGGACAAAGCCAAAUACCGGAUACCCGUGACCGCAGAAGGGGUGGCUGAGUGGUACCCGGGAAGCCAGUUCAGGGUAGGCUGCAAUCUCGACAUGACACGCUUUCCAUUCGAUGAGCAGGCGUGUUACUUCAGGUUUGGGAGCUGGUCGCAGAGCGCCAGAUACAUCCGAAUGGUGGCUAGAAGUGAUGACAUCUCCUACAGGGAUGGAUUCAUUCCGAACGGCCAAUGGAGCCGUGUCUCUUCACACAUUCGUGACGAAGUCUACAAACCAAAUGUCGAACUGUCUGGUUGGUCAAGAGUCUGGGUCAUCGUUAGACUGAAGCGUAGACCAGUUUUCUAUAUCAUGAACGUCAUCAUCCCCUGCAUCGCUAUAUCUGUUCUGGUUCUCAUGGUGUUCAACGUGCCGAGUGAGUCCGGGGAGAAGGUUUCGCUUGGUGUCACCGUCCUACUGGCCUUCUCAGUGUUCCAGCUGGUGAUGGCAGAUACCCUGCCCAAGACAUCGAAAAAUAUACCCAUAAUAGUUAUCUACUUGACGACUUUGAUGGUCACUUCUGCCAUCUCGACCAUCCUUGCCGUAUUGAUACUUAACAUCCACGGCAUUUCUGGUAAGAAAGAAAUGCCUCUAUGGAUGCAGAGAUUCAUCUUUAACUGGUUGGCCACAGUAGUCUUUAUGCGGAAUGUAACCAGCGAGUUCAGGGUUGAGACUAAGGUUGGUAGGGGACUGCAGAAAAACCCUGCAAAAGCAAGUAAAUUGGAGAAGAAAUCGGCACAGAAUGGUGAUGACUUCGUACCGGCCGUCUCUAAUGGAGCACCACGAUUGACUACCCUCACAAGCCUUGGUCAGAUGGCCGUCAAAGCGGCCAAAGAGGCAAAUGAGACAAACGAGAACCGGAAGGCUGAUGAUGCAUUCGCUCAGCUUCUCCAUGAACAGAGAAGGAAGCGAGAGAAGAAAGAAGCAGAAGAGAAGGAGGCAAGGGUAAAGCGUCAAUGGGUGUUGGCGAGUCGGAUCAUUGAUCGCUUUCUUAUGAUUACUUACUUCAUACUCUAUGCAGCACUCACCUUGACCUGCUUGGUGAUUCUGCCCAACAUGCCGCAAGAAGAGGCAGCUGAUGCAUAUUCCUCCCAGGCAGUGGCCACAUUGGCUUAGACUCUUAUAUCAUAUAAUACUCUGUCACAGCUUGUUAAAAGACCCUGAACAUUAUCAAAGGAUUUGACUCUGAGGCAAAGCAAGCGACGAUGUAAAGGAUAAAAUAUCCUAAUUACAACAGGGGUCAAUUAGGGUUAACGUUGUUCAGGAUGGUUAUAAUCGGGAUUUGCAGCCGGUCGUGGCUUCAUUGAUUACACAGGUCCAAAAACAAGGACAAUGAUUGGGUUCGACCCGCUGCCUACAGCGUAUUUGAUAUUACAUCGAAUCAAUGAUAUUGCCUUGACAAGAGAUAUAACCAUACAAAUCACUCUUAUAUCACGAUUCGGUAUCCAAACAUUCGUUGGUAACAUUCCGCUUUUACUGCCAGCAGUAAGGCGAGCAUUUGCUCUAUGCCACAUAACAUCACUUUUCACUAAGUCAACAACAAAUAUUGAUAUGAUAUACCACAAUGUCAAUUAACUUUACUUGUCAAUGAUCAGUUCAUUUGCUUUGGUUAGCUGAGCCAUUAGCAGUAGGCCCAUAACUCAUAAUGGAUUCACUGGUGGUUACUUGGAUGGAUAUGAUUUGUAUAAUACUUCGAUGAGACUGUGCUAAAAUCAUCAGGACCAGAACCAGGAACAUCAUAAGCCUAGCUUAAAGUUACUCUUCCUCAAUCUCAAUCCUACGUUUUUUUAAUCGUUUUUGAUAUCCAGCUUAAGCCCGCAGCACACUAGCCGCCAACUUUGGCGACAAGAAGCGUUCGGCUGACGCCUCUCGACACCAAAGUUGGUGGCCAGUGGAUCCCGGUCAGAGCACACCUGCCCAGAAUUGGCGUCCAGUAGCGUCUUUUCCACCACUUUAACCCAUCCUGGGCCAUGCAGCGCGAAAUCAUGUGACAUCAAGACGCAAGCUGAUUGGCCAUAGCCUCGCCGCCGACGCCAAGUCAGGCACACCUGGCUUCUUCUUGCGUUCAAACGCGGCGACACGCGUCAAAAAUCAAACAUGUUAGAUAUUUGGCGUUUAGUUGUGGCAAGUGGCGGCAAGUGGCGUUCGCCGACGCCGUUCGUAGCAGACUAGGGAUUUUUCAGGCGUUCAGGACUCUUGCGGCAAAAAACGCCAGUGAACGCCGAAGUUGGCGGCUGGUGUGCUGCGGGCUUUAGAGUUUCUGUGUUACAAACCCUCCCCAAAGCUCCCUGCGCGCGCGGUAUUUUAAGUUUCAUAACACACCAAAGUUCAUGUAACACAAAGUUCGCGUAAUCUCUACGGCUGACCAAAGUCAAUACAGUGAAUAGUCAAUAGAGCGAGUAGUUUGGAUUAUAACAGUCUGACACGGUUACGCACUGUUGUAAUUAGAUGCAUGGGUCGGCGGUUGUGCAAAGGGGAAGCCACAAGGUCAGAUGUCAAAAGACAAUGGUAAGCCGAGAAGUUCCGGAAGGG